CAGCGGGACGGACUGACAGCGGGAUGGAUGGAUGGAUGGACAGCAGGACGGGCCGGAGAAUGGGAUGGGCCAGACAACGGGACAGGCCAGAAAAUGGGACAGGCUGGACAAUGGAGCGAGCCAGAGAACGGGACAGACGGACAGCAGGACAGGCCAAACAAUAGGAUGGGACAGACAAUGGGAUGGGCUGGACAAUGGGACAGGCCGGAAGAUGGGACAGGCUGGGACAAUGGGAUGGGCCAGAGACGGGACAGACGGACAGCAGGACAGGCCAGACAAUGGGACGGGAUGGACAAUGGGACAGGCUGGACAAUGGGACCAACAGACAACAGGACGGGCUGGACGACGGGACAGACAGACAGUGGGACAGGCCGGAGAACAGGACGGGCCAGACAGCGGGACGGACAGACAGCGGGACAGCCUGGGCAGCAGGACAGACAGACAGUGGGAUGGGCUGGAUAAUGAGACAGACGGACAAGGGGCCGGGCGCUCCCCGGGAAGGGGAUUGGGAUUCUCCACAACGCCGGCGGCUCCCGGUCCCGCCGGAACGGGGACGCGCCCUCGCGGGUUGUGCCUGGAGACUUGUGGGGUUGGCACCAAAGGUUUUGGGAUCCUGGCGUUGUCACCGGAAUUUGUGGAGUUCCAGCAUUGUCCCCAAAAGUUUUGUGGUCUUGAGGUUGUCCCCAAAAGAGGUCCCAGUGUUGUCCCAAAAAGUUUUGGGGUCCUGGUGUUGCUCCAAAAUGUUUUGGGGUCCUGCUGUUGUCCCCAAAAGAGGUCCCAAUGUUGUCCUCAAAUUGUCCCUGAAAGUUUUGGGGUCCUGAUGUUUUCCCCAAAAGUUUUGGGGUCGUGGCGUUGUCACCAAAGGUUUUGGGGUCCUGAGGUUGUCCCCAUAAGUUUUGGGGUCUGGGUGUUGUCCCCAAAAGAGCUCCCAAUGUUGUCCCCAAAAGUUUUGGGAUCCUGGCGUUGUCCCCAGAGUGUCCCUAAAGAUGGAGGGGACACACAAGGGACAGAGACCCCCCCAGCUGGCACCAGGAUGAGCCAGGAUUUCAGGAUUUGGGAUUUCAGGAUUUGGGAUUUUGGGAUUCCGGGACCACUCCCAGCCGAUGGAAUCCUCGCUCGCCAUAUAAACUCAUUAAUUAACGCCAAUUAAAGACCUUUCCUACAA